UCACGACUUCUUGCCACGACUUUACCCGCAGGCUUCAUCCCUGCAAUGUCGGCGUUUGCGCUGCAUCGCCAGACACACGAACUAUAUUGGUUCGAGCGUCGGGCUUUUCUUGAGACAGCUGGCUAUCGUCUCCGUCCCAAGUUCAAUCCAGAGUACAUUCCCAACGCUGGAUGGUGGGCGUUGCGCGAAUAUGAGGCCGUUCACUUUAAGUCCAGCAUCAUGGACGCGCAUCGUAUUGUUGACAACAAGCCAGUCAUGUUCAAGACCGUACGAAGCAGCGUCCAUCCUGACGAAGUGGAAAUUGCCCUCAUGUUCUCCUCCCCUCCAUUGGCUGCAAACCCAAGGAACCAUUGCAUUCCUAUUCUAGAUGUCCUCCAAGACCCGGAGGACGCUCAAAAACAAAUCCUUGUCAUGCCUCGAUUCAUUGAGUUCUCCGUUCCCAAGUUCGACACUGUGGGCGAAGUGGUCGAUUGCUUCAGACAAAUCUUCGAGGGUAUUGAAUUUAUGCAUGAAAACUUCGUUGCUCACCGUGACUGCUGUUAUUUCAAUAUCGUCCAAGACCCAACCCUGCUGUUUCCUGUUGGGUACCAUCCAAUCCACACCUGGCAAGACCCUGAAGCUCGCAACCGUGCAAAUCACAUCACUCGCACCGAAUGCUGGCCGCGUUAUUAUCUGAUAGACUUUGGCCUUUCUAAAAAAUAUGACCCGGCCGAUGGGCCGCCUUUAGAAGAUAUAAUCCUUGCAGGGGACAAAUCACCACCAGAACACAAAACCCUUUUCGCAUGCAACCCUUUCCCCACCGACAUAUACUUUCUCGGAAAUCUCUUGAAGGAAGAUUUCCUUUAUCCCCCGGAGGAUUCGAAAAAGGCACGUUUCCCUCACUCCAUUCGUCCAUCCCUCCGAUUCCUUGAACCACUCGUCAAGGAAAUGACGUUACCUGAUCCUUCAAUGCGGCCAACCAUAGGCGAAGUUCGUCGACGAUUUGACGAAUUGUGCAGCGGAUUGAGCGAAUGGCAGCUACGCCGGCCAGGCCAACGACAUUCUUUUGGUCCCUUGCAGCUGAUCAGACAACUCACGCGGACACUCCUUCGUGUUCAUCCCCUUCCAAGACGCACCCUGGUAUUAAGUGACUCGGGCAGUCUAGAGUUGAGCAAGACCAUGCGCGAUUUUUAUACGCAAACACAGCUGGAAAAAAUUAACAACGGUUCGCUACCGAAUGAUCUCGAUGCUUGA